CAGCUAGUGACUAUCGGAGAGCUGCAGCUGCUGAGGCUGCAGCUCUUUUCACUUUUAAGGGCAGCAUGAUCGAGAUACACUCGUUGCUAUCCUUCCGCUCUCCUCGGCCCAGGAAACCAAUUGCAUCUGUCUGCUCAGUUCUGAGUGCCUUGGAGCUAAGGGGUGGUCAAAAGAAGCUUCCAGAAACUCUUACAGCUGGCGGAAGCAGCUGAACAGCAUUGUGUUGGUAGCAGCUGCAUUGGUGCACAUUUAUGCAGAUGCUACGGUCAUUAGGAGCACAAGUCUGCGAAUGCGGUUUGAUCAUGCUUUGGGUGCUGACGCCGCCGAGGCUGGGGAGGGCAUACUGCAGAAGGGGAAGGAGCAAUGCAUUGGCAGCCUUUCGCAGCUGGCUAGCGCAUGGCAGCCACCGAGGCGGGCACAUGGCAUGGCGUUCUAGGCGUACCAUGUAUCAUGACGACACAAGAGAAGUGCCUUCAGGCCGUCAAAACGGAUUUCUAAAGUGCUGAUGGACAAGAGCAUAUCGGGCAGCCAACCUGGGUUUCCAGACCAACACGAGGUCCUGGUGGUUGAUUCUGAUGGGACACUGUCCGAGAAGAGCGUUACGAGGUUGAAAGUGAUCACAAGAAUGCGAAGAAACUGGCGAGGAGGUGCAGCUCAACUCGUGGAAGGGGCACAAGGCGCUGCAAUCCGAUCGCGUACGAGCACCGUCCGGCUUGACAACCUCAGCGGCGCUACUGUUGCGAAGAGUCCCCCAUCAGUCUGA